ACCGCGAACACACUUAAUAGACUACUUUUCAAUUCGCUCUACCUCUCUCCCUUCCUAUGUGUGUGCACUCGUGAACCUUUGUUGCGGAAGUUUUACCAUUACGCAGGGGUUUGGACUGAAAUAUGUGGUUACAUAAAAUAGAUGCAAAUAGUUGUAAGUACGUUUUGAACAUCGACUGUCGAAUAAGCAUCCCGAAUAUUCAACAGGUUCACCUCUGACGUGCAGCCUCACCCUUCAAAUUAAGCAACAAACCCCUCGCGACAGACAGCCCCGACUCAAUUCCAUAGUCCAACUAAAGCCACCUCGCAUCUACUUAACCCCAUCUCGCUAAUUAGGUCGAAUCACUCUCGAAAAUCAGUGUACACGCACGACUUCAAAAGAAUCUAAUAAAGGCCGUUAUACUCGCGCCAAAACAGCCCCGAGAACAAAAAAAACUCCAGCUCCAUCCGGAGCACGCGCGCGUGCCAGAUACAUCAAAAAGGGAGCCCCUCUCUCUUUCUCUGUCCAGGGGCGCAGUAGAGAGAGAGGACGGAAUUAAAGCUCACAUGCGCACUCGACUCAGUCUCCGCACUAGGAGCCGGAGAGAGUCAGUCGCUCUCCUGCGCUCCGACGCACACGACACACCUCGUACCUACGUUAGACAUCACCGAAGCGAGUAUUUUUCCCGUAUACACAGUAGACGCUUGUCCCAGCUGAUUCGGGGCAGAGAGAGAGAGAGAGAGAGAGAGAGAGAGAGAGAGAGAGAGAGAGAGAGAAGAAGAAGAGAUUGGAAAACUGAGCGAGAUGUCGUCGGCCGGUCUGCACUGCGAGCUAGUGCCGGCCGACCGGUAUCAGGAUGUCAUAGAGCACCUCAAGUACAACUUCUUCGCGGACGAGCCGCUUAACCGGGCCGUAAGGCUCUGCCAGAGGGGCGAGGCGCACGUCGAGCUCGAGAGGCACUGCCUGCUGACUCUGGCUCAGGAGAUGUCACUUAUGAUCGUCGACGAGGACGGAAAGAUUGCAGGAACAGCGCUGAACGGUAUCAUAAAGAAAGGCGAGCGCGAGGAGUGUGAGCGUCGGCUGGCCGAGCUCCAGGACGAAAAGUUCAAGAGUAUCUUUGGUUUGCUGUACAGCAUCAAUGAGAAAGUGGACCUGUUCGACAAAUACGACGUCGACGAGCUGUUCGAGUGUCGCAUUCUGAGCGUCGACGAGAGCUACCGGGGUAGGGGACUAGCAAACCUGCUCGUCGAGAACAGCGUUGAGGUUGCCAGAAAUAAUGGCUUUAAGGUGAUAAAGGCCGACGCGACGGGAAUCUUCUCUCAGAAAUGCUUUUUGAAGAGCGACUUCGAGGUCAUCACUGAGAUUCCCUACUCGGAGGUGGAAGAGAAUUUGAGGCCUGGGCCACCUCACGAAGCACUCAAACUCUUGGUCAAGAUUCUGGACUAAGGGAAGACGUGAAGAGACUUCGUGAUGGAUCGAGUGGACGUUGUUUGGAUUUGGGGGAGCGAACGGUCUUGAAAUUUGUUUUUUUUUCGCGCCUUGAAUCAGUAGAAUUCCAUUUCUUAUUUGUCUGUACUUCUGUCGACAAUUCCAUUUUUGAUUGUCUCUACUUGACGCACAACAACAUUAAGUGUAAGUAAUGCAAGUCUCGCUAUGGUCAGACCACAUAAUUCUUAACUUGGAAAGAUUGUAAGAGGUUUAACAUUUAUUUUUGAAUUAUUCAUAUGACGAUAAGCCUGGAAGUCGAUAUUUUAACGACGCUUUUAUGGCGAGCGUUAAGGGAGUCGAAAGAAGCUUGAAAUAGUCAAGACGAGUCUUAUAACGAUCAUCUGAAAUUUUCUUGCAAUUUUUUUAUGAAUAAAACUAUUUUUGAUGAAAGUCGCAUAUAUUUUCAACAGUAUUUACUUGUUUUAAACAACAAUGUAACUCAAUGUCAAAGAUUAAGCAAGUUCAGAGAAUAUAUAGUAAAAUUUAUUAAAGAAAAAAUCACUUUGCAAAACUUAAUUUUUAUUUGACAAUUCUUUGAAAACAGUACUAAAUUCAACAUUAAAUUGGUGUUAAAUAUCGUCUUUGCACGUGUGACAAUACAGCUCUCUAAUAUAUAAUAAUUAUACCGUGUAUUAGCUGAAGUUAACAACAAACGUUGUCUAUUAAAUGCAUGUCGGUGUCUAAGAAAAGAGCUGAACUGUUGUAGGUAGUAUCUGCGAUACAAAAUAAAUAUGCGUACAUAUUUAAAAAAAUGAAAAAAUUAUAUGAAGUUGCGUUUUUUAUACAAACGAAUUUCAACUUUUCAAACAUUUGGUAACUUUUUCCGGCGCACAUUUGCGAAAAUUUCAAUAUAAAUUGUUGUCAAUAAAUAUAUACUACUGCCUUUUGUGUGCACAAAGUGCAACACGUUGCGAAAUUACCGAAACAAGUUCAGUUUCGAUUUACGAUGAAAUUAACUCGUUAUCUACUGUUUCUUCAUUUGAUAUAAUUUCUAAUAUUAUUCGUACUGUAGUUCAAUAUUUGAACCAAAGAUCUUUGCUUUUUGUAGGUGUGAUGAGAUUUACAAAACAAAAAAAGCAGAAAAAAGUUAAGGUUGUUGAAGAUGUUAUAUACCUUCAUGUUCGAAUAUACUUGUGAUAUGUAACUAAAAUAUAACAGGAAUAAUAAGCAAAAUGUGUAAAGUCGACGUAAUAAAAAAUAUUGAAAGUGAAUAUUUUCGACUUUAGAGUUUCACGAUCCGCGCGUUUUUACAUCCCUCGUUACUUUAACAAACAUUCCAAAAGUUGAUCUUUGAAGACCUUUAGUCUGAUGUUCAGAGAACGGUAUACAAUGAUUUUAUAGUUAUGAUUUCUACAAGCGUAUACAGAUUAAGAAGAAAACAACAGUAUUAAUAAUUGUUGAGAAACAUAAACGCAUAAUAUCCAGUAAUCGCACCAAAAAAUAUGAAGUAUAUUUUUCUCGCAGCGAUGGUUGCGUGUGAAAAGUUUAAAAAAUAUAUCAGCACUACUAAAUUAUAUAUCUAUCUCCAUCAACGAAUUCAGUGUCGGUGACACGUGAAAGUCGAAUUAUAUUUCCAGGUGAACAUUGACAGAAUGUUGUAAAAUUAUAUUAAAAAGGUGGUUUAAAUGAAAACGCAGGAUCCUUUGUAAAAGAAAAAAAUGUAUUCCAGUAUCGGUGAUAAGGGGACACAACAAUAAUGUACAAUAUCCAGAUAUUUUUGUUGGCAAAGUAAAUAUUGUAAAGAAAGUAUUAGAUACCUCAAAUUAUUUUGUAAGGAUGUCCAUUAAAUAAAUAUUCAAGUUUAUUA